AAAAAAAUACAUGAGAGGAAGUGCCUCACCGUGACUUCCGGCGUGAUCGUCAUCGUCAUGGCAGCUCAUGCUAGUGAACUGGAGAUAGCAAAGAAGAAUUUAACAGACGCUAUAGGUGAUAACGUUAAACAUUACUGGGCCAAUUUAAAACUCUGGUUUAAGCAGAAAAUAAGCAAGGAAGAGUUUGACAUUGAAGCCCGUCGCCUCUUGGCUCAGGAUAACGUUCACGUUCACAAUGACUUCCUGUUGGCCAUUCUCACACGCUGUCAGAUUAUUGUGUCCACAUCAGAAGUGCCAGGCUCAUUACAGUGGCCGGGUGGAUCUGCAUCCAAACCAGGCAAACCUAAUAAAGGAAAGAAAAAGUUUGCCUCCGUUCGGCAAAAGUUUGAUCAUCGCUUUCAACCUCAAAACCCUCUGAGUGCAGCUCAGCAGUUUAGUCUCCGUGAGGCGGCUACUGAGGAAGAUGAAGUAAGACUGAGCGCACAGACACUGUUAUUGCCCACUAAAGGUCAGAUUGAAGCACGUAUGAUGGUGAGCGCCUUUGAGAUGGGUCUGGACAAUGUGACCGAAGACGCUGUCAGCUCCAUGCUCUGUGCUUUAGAGAUCCAUUUAAAAGAUAUUAUCACAGCUUUGGUUUCCCGAAGAAAAGCCUACCGUCUGCGUGACGGACACUUUCAGUAUGCUUUUGGAAGUGAUGUUACACCCCGACCUUACCUGAAGAACAGUUUGGCAGCUUACCACAGUGUCACUGAAUGCCCUCCGUCGAGCGCUUCGCUUCCUGUCGGUCCUCCUCCUCACGUGUCACCGGAUGAUGCAGAACAACAGGCCGCUCUUCUGCUGGCGUGUUCCAGUGACAUCAUCCCACCUCCUCUUCCUCCCAUCAGUGUUUAUGAUUUACUGGAAGCUCUACAGGUUCAUCGCAGGAUAAUGCCAUCUCAUACCAUAUACGCACUGAACAUGGAGAGGAUUCUGGCCAGACUUUGGCAUCCCAGUCACGAGGAGCUGGAACAGGAUCACAUCCACCGACAACAUCUUGCCACUAAAGAAGGCCUGCUGGUGAUCUGAAGGACAUCAUGUAGGGCAGUCAUCACAUAGGAUUAUAACAACAACAACAACAACACACAAACGGCUUGUUUUCUCUCUAUAUCAGUAAACAUUAUCAGGCUGUUACUAUGUUUAUGUCCUGGAUUUUACAUUAGAAUGGACAUGGGUCAGGUUUCCUAAAAUACUAAGAAUUUUGAUAUUUCUAAGUAAAUGAAUGUGCUGUAUGUUUUGUAAAUAUUUGUUUACUGGUCUCAGGUCUUGUUUAUUUUUAUGCAUGUUAAUAAAUGAAGCUUUAUGCUUGUGUAUAUUUGAUAUUUUUGUAUUUCACUAAAAUAAAGUUUCUGCUGUUUAAUGCUCCAUCAAGUAAAA